AUGUCAUUUGAAACUCCAACAAAAGGAUUAACAGGAAGGAUCUCUACCUUGGAAAUGAAUACUUCUACAAGUGGGAAGUCAAUUACAGAUAAAUUAGCUGCUGCUGCACAAGAAAAGGAUUUGGCCCAAAAUAGAACUACUUUGAAAAACGCUAUGGUUGCUCCUUCAACUGUCACACCAUCGGAAACCACACCUGCUCCGGUUGAAGCUGAAUCCCAAUCUAAAGAAGUAUCUGAACAUCAAUUGUUCUUGGCUGCUCAUAAGGUUCAUCGUCAUGAAUUGAAGCAACAAGAAAAGGAUGAACCAUUAUUGGUUGAAAACAAGCGUAGAUUUGUCUUGUUCCCCAUUAAAUAUAAUGAAAUCUGGCAAAUGUAUAAGAAGGCUGAAGCAUCCUUCUGGACUGCCGAAGAAAUUGAUUUAUCUAAGGAUAUGUCUGACUGGAAUAAAUUGACUGACAAUGAAAGAUUUUUCAUUUCCAGAGUUUUGGCUUUUUUUGCUGCUUCUGAUGGUAUUGUUAAUGAGAACUUGGUUGAAAACUUUUCUGCUGAAGUUCAAGUUCCAGAAGCUAAAUGCUUCUACGGGUUCCAAAUUAUGAUGGAAAACAUUCAUAGUGAAACAUACUCCUUAUUGAUUGAUACUUAUAUUAAGGAUCCAAAGGAACAUGAUUUCCUUUUGAAUGCCAUUGAUAACAUUCCAUGUAUCAAGGAAAAGGCUGAUUGGGCUAUUAGAUGGAUUAAUGAUGAUGAUGCAUUGUUUGGAGAAAGAUUGGUAGCUUUUGCUGCUGUUGAAGGUGUUUUCUUUUCUGGUUCAUUUGCCUCUAUUUUCUGGUUAAAGAAGAGAGGGUUAAUGCCUGGUUUAACCUUUUCAAAUGAGUUGAUCUCAAGGGAUGAAGGUUUACAUACUGACUUUGCCUGUUUGUUAUUCUCUCAUUUGAAGAACAGACCAGAUCCAGAAAUUGUUGAAAGAAUUAUUACCGAAGCCGUUUCCAUUGAAAAGAAAUAUUUCAAAGAUGCCCUUCCAGUGUCUUUAUUGGGUAUGAAUGGUGAUUUGAUGUGCCAAUACGUUGAGUUUGUUGCUGACAGAUUAUUGGUAUCUUUAGGUAAUAAGAAGGUCUACAAUGUUACAAACCCAUUUGAUUUCAUGGAAAACAUUUCUUUGGCUGGUAAGACUAACUUUUUCGAAAAGAGAGUUAGUGAUUAUCAAAAGGCUGGUGUCAUGUCUAAGAGUAACGACUCAAAGGCAGCAGCCAAUGCUUUCUCCUUUGAUGAAGACUUCUAA